UUUGAAAUUCGAACACUUAGCUGAAUAAUGAUUUAUUUGGGAAAAUAAAUCAUAAACAUUUGUUUUGCUUUGUGGCAUCUACAGAGAGCUUACCCAGGGGUCUUCGAGGCACCACAUUUUCCAAGAUGGCUGCCUCCAUCACAGGUUUACUAAAACCUUGGACAACAAGGUAAUUAUAAUUUUGCUGAUUAACGAUUGCAAACAUCGAUGAAAUGUAGUGGAUGUGUAUCUUAACACUGAUACUGCACUAGUAUGACACUUAUCAUUGCACAAGCUGUCUUGCACCCAUGCAGACGUGAUUAUAUAACUAGCUAGCUAACGUUAAUUCAGCUACCUACAGUCAGUGACAUUUAAAUUCUACCUUGUUCGUUUUUUUAUUUAGAGACAUGCCACCCAGUGUAUUCAUUGUAGCAAAAUACAAAAUCACCAGUGCUGUAAGAACAUGUUUGUGAAUCCGUGUGAGUGUGGCUGGCCACGAUCUGUUCAUAUAGAUUUAACAAGCAAAGCAAGCAUAGAAACAUUCUAGCUCAGAUCCAGGGCGCGAGGGGACAGGACCAGAUCUAAGAAACACUAGUUACCCCUUAUGUUUCUGCAAGCAACAUUAGAUGGUUAAACGAUCAUAUAAAGAUAUGUUCCAUGAUAGACUAUAACCAUUGCAUUGUAUUUGACUAUUAAACAUGAAGUGUCAUAACCUUCUGUUGCUCAUGCUUCUCUAGGGUAUUUCUGGUGAGAUGGAGCAGGUACAACCCUUACUACCUGGAGCCCGAGCCUCGGAAAGAGGUGUACCACAUCCCAGAGACUGAGCUCACACCUGAGCAGAAAGAGGAGAGGGAGCUGAAAUCUGUCAGGCCCAUAAAGGCAGCCACCAGCUCUGUCACCAGCUCUGUUUUCAACGACCCUGUGUUGAGGUACCUAACCCUAACACACACUCAUGCAUAAGCAUACAUACACACACACACACACUGAAAUACAUGUAGCUAGGUCAUGUGGUUGUAUGUUUAUGCAGUGUGAAUUACAGUUAAUCACUAUUCUUUCUCUUCACAGCAAGUUUGUCAACAUGAUGAUGAAAGAUGGUGACAAGAUUAUAGCCAAAGGUAUCAUCACACAGGUAGAAGUGGGAUUCUAUGGGACUGUUUGAUGGAAUGAUUGAUAUAGUUUGCCAAGUAAUGUAAAUAUACACUAAUGCCCAUCCUUAUCUCUUCCCAGACAUUGGAGGACAUGAAGAGAAAACAGGUGGAGAAGUACCACAAAGCCCCCAAGGGAAAGAAGGCAGAGGUCGAGUGUAAUCCAUACGCCAUCUUCCACCAGGCUCUGGAGAACUGCAAACCUGUCAUUGGCCUGGCUAGCAUUCAGAAAGGGGGCAAGUUCUAUCAGGUCAGUGCUCUCACCAGUUCUACAGUCACCAGGGUCUUAUUCAUUAGUGCACAACGUAGCAAAACGUUCUGCAACGUAACGAAAACAAGCGUUCAGGUAGUCCCUCCCUGUUUCUCUUUUCUUCUCUUUGGUGCCUAAUGAGCACAACCUUGGGGUGAUAGAUUUAGUAGAAAAGUGUACAUCAACUCUUUAUUCUCCACUAUACAGACAUGACAUAAAAUUUAUUGAAUAUCUUUAGUCUCAUACAGUAAUGCAUUCAGUGUGUAAUGACGUCCUGUAUUGUCCCUGUCCACUCUGCAGGUGCCCAUCCCUCUGACAGGCAACAGGCGGCGCUUCCUGGCCAUGAAGUGGAUGAUCACAGAGUGCCGGGAUAACAAGCACAGACGCACGCUGAUGUACGAAAAACUAUCACAGGAACUGCUGGCUGCCUUCUCCAAGGAGGGCAACGUGGUCAAACGGAAACACGAACUGCACAAGAUGGCCGAAUCCAACAGAGCCUACGCCCACUAUCGCUGGUGGUAGUUGUCGACUUUGAAGCCUGGGAGCAGCAUUCAAAAUGGGACCUUCUGGACUGGAAGGAAUUCACCUCAAGUUUGACCGAAGGGACAAUGGAUUGGAUUUCCUUGUUGGAAAAAAAAACCAUCAUGGACAUUUGUGCAACACAUCAUGGGAGAUUGUCUUCAAUGUAGGGCAAUGACAGGCAUUGUAAAUAUAAAGCUCUUGGACUCCAUUGUGAAAUAUUUGGAAUGGUGUGUAUCCAAGUAUACUGACCAUGAAUACAAUUACUGUAAAUGUGGCUUCUUUUACUAAAAAUUUAUUAUGGUUCAAUAAAGAAUGAUUGUGAAAACAUUACAAAUGACAUGAUCACAUACUGUAUUUAGAAUAUAGGUGCAUUCAUCAACAGUGUAAUCUUAAAAUAAAUGCAAAGCUUUGUUAAACCCAGG